CACAGUACUGCAAUGAGCUACAGAUGCUUGUGCCUACCAUGACCUAUUUCUGUGUGCGCGAGCGCGCGGCAAAUUAGCGGAUGCAGAUCAUUUGUUUUCUUUAAUCAGGUCUUUACCUGGCAACGCCAAUCUUGACUGCAGCCUUUGCAGCUAUAGCAUCCAGGUUUCUGUAGCGGUGGCAGCUCGGCACUUGCAAGACGUGGCUUCUGCAGCUUGCUGUCCUGGCCCUGGGGGAUGUGGUUCCAGAUGCUUGUGAUGAAGUUGAAGCAAGCACCGCCUUUGCCUUUGCCGCCAUUGGAGUUGGAGCCUCAGGCGUCGGAUGAGCCGAGCUUGUGGAGCUUGAGCAACCCUAACCCCAGCAUCUUCGAGUGGCGCCGUACUGGCUACUGGAGAUCGCGUUGCGAUAUCCUGCGCACCAACCAUAUGAGGUCAGAACAACCCCCACUAAGCUUUGCAGUGAAGAGGAGAAAAACAGAAGAUUGAGCAAUUCUCUGAUCUGACAGAGAGCGACUUCCGGACUAUCAAGAUCGGCUACUUGAAGGUUCCCCUUGACCUCGACAAGACAAAGCCAGCCUCGAACAUCACACUUCAGCUUCGCGUGUCUGCGAUGAUUGGUGCUUCUGGCCCUGAUGCUCCACUGCUUCUCCAACACAAUGGUGGGCCCGCGGCGGACGAUUAUGGUCCCCUUAAAUCUGGAUGGUUUGGCCUCGAAAAAAAUCAUCUUUAUGAAGGUAUCGAUCAGAAGUACACGCUGCUUGGAAUUCAGCAGCGGGGCAUGUCGGACAGUAGCCCGGGCAAUCAGUGGCCUGUGAAAGUCUUGACGAAGCAGUUCAAGGCGGUAUGCGAUGGCAAGCAUCACACCACUAUUCACUGAAGGACUUCACAAGCUGCGAGUGCGACUUGGCAGAGUAUGGCCAACAGGUGCCAAGCCCAUUUCCUGAUCCCGACAAUGAGUCGGAGACGGACCAAUGGUUUCGAUUUGCAGCUUCCGGAAACCGCAAUUGCUACGACUCCGACUUUUGGAAGGUGACUGAUCCAGAGAGCAAAUCCACGUACAACUUCCUGGACUACGUUGGGACGGGGCACAUGGCGCAUGACAUACAUAGACUUCGGCAGGCCUUCGGGGCAGAGAAGCUUAGCGUCACUGGAAUCAGUUACGGCGCAGCAGUGGGAUCUGCCUAUGCGGCAGUAUUCCCCAAGAACACUGACAAGCUUCUCUUGAAUGGCAAUGUCCAUCCGGGACCAAAUGUGGAAGACUAUUGUGCUUCGGCAGCUGUCGCAUCCCGCCAGGUCAUGGUGAAGCUUGUCAAGAUAUGCCGCAAUGAACAGCUCGUUGGCGGAGACAUGUCAUCAAAAUGCAAACAGCCAGGCAUUGGCCUGUGGAUUUCUUCUUGGAGGUUCCAGAUGCUUACUCAGCCCCAACAGAUGUGGGCAGAAGAUUUGUGUUGACUCCCAGCAUGCUUUACAACUUCUCCCUUUGUCUAACGGGACGAUGCCAGCAUGGGCAAAGGCUUUGCAAAUCACGAACACCCUUGGCGAUUCCAACGACCUAGCCCGCCAGAAAGCAAUCCUCAAUGUUUUCAAGUACAACUGCAAAGACCAAUGGAAGAAGUAUGGUUAUUGUGCAGAGUACAUGAUGUAUUCAACCAACACUGACUUAGACGGUGGUGUCACUGAAAGUGCAGUCCGAGCAAUGGACUACGCUGGCCGUUACACGCCAGCGGGUGCCAUGCUCUUUUUCCAUGAGUUGAAGCCAAAAUUCCAUGGGGUGGAGUUGUACUUUGCCAACAUCAAGGCUGGUUUUGGUUUGCUGACUUGGCCAGGUGAACCCACACCGGUCAUGUUCGGCUCUCGUGCGGGUGUGCAAGCAUUAAUCGUCAACUCCUUGUAUGACCGCACCACGCCUCACUACUGCGCCAAGCUCAUGCGAGCUGCCUUUCCAGAUGGCGUCCUAAUGACCUGGCAGGGCAUUGGCCAUGGCAUAAACCUAGCAUUUUGGGACCGUUCUGGGUACCUGUCGUGUUUAGAGGCGAGUGGCGCUUACAUCCUUACAGGUAUUUUACCGCCCGAUGGCUUUACCUGCCACCAAACCAUGAGGGCCACAUGUAGAGGGCUGGCUGGAUGCUGAGCACACUUUCUUGGGUUCAGAUUGAUUAAGAUCAAUCAAGACCCUGAAGUUUUGAAUCAUGCCUGGACACCUGAGGGUGGCGCCAGACUUAAGCCGCGCGAGAUCAUUUGCAUUUCGUAUCCAAGAUUCUAAAGUCAAUCUCUUUAUCUCUUUGCACUUUCCAAUGCCCGCCUUGUCACAUUUGCCAAAAGUGCAAUGUGAAUGUUGGAGAUUUCAACAAAGGUGAGCCAAUCGGCAAUUUCAAUAUCAGAACUAUAUGUCAGAAUAUGAUGCGUAUUGAUGCGCUGGAUGCGGCUCCUGCAAGGUUGUGCAGUCUUCUUUCCGGCGCAGAACUGCAAUGAGAUACAGACCCUUGAGGAUCUUGCCCACAUGCUUACGUAGGUGUGUGCGCGCAGCAAAUCAGGAAAGCGUUGCUGUUUCGGAUUCUCGCGCCCCCCCA